UGCGGCGCCCCGCGGAUGCGCUGGGUGGGGGGCGGCAGCGCCGGGAGGAAACUCGACGGGGAGGGAGCGGGGGGAAGGCGAUCAGCGCUGCUGCCUCCGAGGGGCUGCCGCCGUGCCGUGCCACCUUCCCGGCAGCGAUCGGCGAGGGCCACCGGCGGUGCCCCCUCCCCCAGCCCGUGCUGGCGAACCUCCGCUGUCCGAUUUUUCCACUUUUGAGACCUAUCAGGACCAGUUGCUACGGUUCGGGCGGCGGUGGCCGCGAUGCGGGGGGAGGCGGGAAGAGGGCAUCUCCCUCCGAAGGCGAGCAACAAAUGGCAGCGGCGGUGCCUGCUGCGCCCAGGCAUGCUUCUAAGAAGCGUAUUGACCAUGAGGAAGCCCGUGUGCUAGUAACCCGUUUUUACUAAUCCUGCCGAAGAAAAUGAAGCCACGUUUCAGCUUUGCCGAUCCUUUUCCCACCCUGGCGGCUGAAUGAGAAAUGGUUGUGUGAUUAUGCUGACAGCCCAGCAUGCAUUUGGUAGACCUGUGGUUAACUCGUUCCCUCUCCAUGUGUCUGCUCUUACAAAGUUUUGUCCUCAUGAUACUGUGCUUUCAUUCUGCCAGUAUGUGCCCAAAAGGCUGCCUCUGUUCCCACUCCGGAGGUCUGAACGUCAGCUGUAGCAAUGCAAACCUCAAGGAGAUACCCAGAGAUCUUCCUCCAGAAACAGUCUUACUUUAUUUGGACUCUAAUCAGAUAACAUCUAUCCCCAACGAAAUUUUUAAGGACUUGCACCAAUUGAGAGUCCUCAAUUUAUCAAAAAAUGGGAUUGAGUUUAUUGAUGAACAUGCCUUUAAAGGGGUGGCAGAAACCUUGCAGACUCUGGAUUUGUCUGACAACCGGAUUAAAAGCGUGCACAAAAACGCUUUCAACAACCUGAAGGCCAGGGCCAGAAUUGCCAACAACCCCUGGCACUGUGACUGCACGCUGCAGCAGGUGCUGCGGAGCAUGGCCUCCAACCACGAGACGGCCAACAACGUCAUCUGCAAGACCUCUGUGCUGGAUGAGCACGCGGGGAGACCCUUCCUCAACGCUGCCAACGACGCCGACCUCUGCAACCUCCCUAAAAAGACUACUGACUACGCCAUGCUGGUCACCAUGUUUGGCUGGUUCACCAUGGUGAUCUCCUACGUGGUUUAUUACGUCCGACAGAACCAGGAGGAUGCAAGGAGGCACCUUGAGUACUUGAAAUCCCUGCCAAGCAGGCAAAAGAAACCAGAUGAAGCCGAUGACAUUAGCACUGUGGUGCUGGAUUGAGCUCAACAGAGAACCAGCUUUUCCACACAAACUGAGAAGAUGCCUGAGCUGCGUGGGCCGCCCGAAUUCAGGGAGAGUGAGCAGAUGGCACCCCGAGCCCGCUGCAGGCCUGGUGAUGCUGUUCCUGAUGAACUUGGUUUGAAACACUAGUUCUCAUCCCUUGUGGAAAACCACAGUGGUUCAUGACACAUGGACCUCAGCUGUUCCAGCUUCCUGCUCCCAUACACGUGUGUGUGUGUUUGUGCACUUGUGUGGGUGCAGCAACAUUUGACUCAGCUAGGUCUUGCUGGUGGGAGAGCAGAAUUUCUGUGCUGGACUCACUGUGUGAGUUAUUGUGUAUACAGAUGAUAAUAUUGGAUGGCAACAAUAUCCCUGGGAAGCUCUCUGCACACUUGUUGGAGAGUGGGUGGGAGAGGGUCAGAGGCUGCUUGCCAUAAUCAUGUGCUAUUGCAGUAUUCAUAUAAGUGGUUCGUGUUUAUGCUGUUUUCUCUUUUCUUACUGGUUUAAUACUGGAGCCUUUUCUGUAAAAAUG